AACACCUGUGUAAAACAGGUAGCAGGGGAAAGGUGGGUGCAGGUCGGGGCAGAGCUGCAUGCUGAGUGUGUCGCUGACUCCUGCAGCUCCUGUGUUGUUUCCAUCUGUAGUCCCCCUGGGGUUAACAUGGAGCCAGCUGAGAAAGAGGCCGCUCAUGAGCCGGGCAGGAUGCCUCUGAACGCAGGAGCAGACACCGGCUACGGCAGCGUGGCAGGCUCCGGGCUGUCGGGUAGUGUGGCCGGCCUGGAGUCGGCCCCUCUUCUCAUCUCGGAGCCUGAACCGGAGAGAUUCAAGCAGUGGCAGCCGCUGACCAAGCAGGAGCUGGAGGCCGCGGCGGGGGGUCCGGGGUGGAGGAAGGUGCGGUGUUACCUGGUGCUCAUGUUCUGGCUGGCCUGGGUGGCCAUGCUCGCCAUCUCCAUCGCCAUCAUAGUGAUGAGCCCCAGGCCGGUUGUGACGCCGCUCAAGUGGUGGCAGAAGGCUGUGUUCUAUCAGCUGCAGCCCGCCGAGAGGUCAGGGGGCAUCAAUGCGCUGUGUGAGCAGCUUCCCUACCUCAGGUCCCUGGGCAUAGGAGCUCUAAUCCUCCAGGGUCUGUUUGACAAGAAGGCGUCUCCUUUAAAACACAAUGCAACUGGUGAAAGGGUUGGGACUUUGCCUCAGAUCCAGCAUCUGGUCGCUGAAAGCAACAAAGCAGAUCUCAAAGUGGUGUUAGACGUCUGUGAACUGGAUCUGUCGCGACCUCGGGAGGUAGCAGGAAACGCAAAUGAGGCAGCAAACCUCUCAGCCACACAUGCACUCCGGUUCUGGCUGGAGCAGGGUGUGGCAGGCUUUGUGAUCUGUGACACUGAUGCAGCAUAUUCAGAAAAGACUCUGCUGGAGUGGAAAGAUGUCUUCAAAGAAUUUAGUGGUGAAGAGGAGGAAAGGAUCGUGGUGGUAAGACAGACAACAGAUGUCCUGCCACCUCUGAAAAACAGCCAGAAAAACGUUACACUGGUGGAUGUGGUCAUGAAGUCAAUUCUGCCACCUUCACAACACCCUCAGUCUGCUGCGGAGGUCGCUGAAGCCAUAGAGACACACCUGCAAAGAGAAGACGAAGACAUAUGGACCGGCUGGACAGUUGGAGGUAAUCCAUCCCAUGACCUGAAGAACUUACUCCUGGUGUUGACGAUGACUCUGCCAGGAUCACCUGCAGUGCAGUAUGAUGAAAACAUCGACCAAACACAGAAUGCAUCUCUGAAAAUCAGCUCUCCACAAGAAAACAAGGACGAAACACCAGACAACCAUAAAGACAAGGAGAAGAAGAAGCGUUCAGCUGUCACUCUCUUCACCUCCCUCAGUCACUCCAGAGCCAAAGAAGAAGCUCUCCUGUUCGGCAGCUUCACUUUCCUCCCCUUCAAUUCUUCCACCAACUCCUCCUCCUCCGCCAACUCCACUCUCCCCUCUCCACCGAUCCUUGCCUUCUUGCGCUCAUGGGGUUGUGUCCACUUCCUCAUUCUGCUCAACGUCGGGCCUGAGCCUCAUGUCCUGGAUCCCGCCUGGGCCCCGAGCCUGCCCAAAGCUGGAGUGUUCGUGAGCAGCACAGGAAUGGACCGUUUGGGGUCGACGAAUCUGGACACGCUGGAGCUGCGGCCCCACGAAGCCAUCCUCAUCAAACUGUUUGAGGCAGGAAGCUACUCAUAGAGCUUCUCUGGAGUCAGUUGCGAGGACAUGGAGUUAUUUCAGUCUUCCUCUCAAAGAAUGACAGGUGUCUUGACAUGAAUGUUUUUAAUGUUGUGAUGGUAUGUGCUCACAGGUCACUGAAAAUAAAAUAAUGGUUCUGUGUUC